GCACAACAUAUUUAUCAAUGAGUCAAAUAAUAUGAUUUUAUGUAUAUUUCAGCAAGCUGUCUAUUUAUCAAUGGAAAGGGGAGACGACACAAUAUUUCAGAAGUCAGGCUGAUUGAGAAAUGCACAGGAAUUUCCACUCAUUGUGAAGGGCUAUAUAAAUGUCAGAGGCGGUGAGAAUGCCUCAAUAUCACUGUGAGGAUCUCAAAUAAGGAACUUUUAGAGGAGCCUGCCCUGAUUCUUUUAAACAUGCUACUGUAUGAUAAGAAGAUAUCAGUUGCUUGCAUAACCCUCAUAGCUUCAUGGAUAACUAUUAUGCAUGCCUUCAGACUCCCUCAGCUUCCCAAAGAAGAUCAAUGUCAGCAACUGAAGCAAGGUGGGACACCGUUAUAUACCAUUCAAGGAGAGGCUGUAGUACUCAAAUGCCCAUCUCCAGAAUUCUGGAAUCUGAACUUGGCCACAGAUCAUGAUUUCAGUUUGAAUUGGGUUUAUGAAAAGGAUAAACCAGAUGAAGGGCGAGUUGAAGCUCAGGGUGACUUGCUGUGGUUCUUGCCUGCAUUAGUUACCGACUCUGGAGACUAUGUUUGCAUUUUAAGGAAUGCUUCAUACUGUGUUGAAACAACCCUCUCUAUAAAGGUAUAUGAAGGCAAAAGUAACAACCUUGAAAAUAUUGCUUACCCAAAUACAGCUCAUUCCAGCGUUGAUAAGAUAAUUUGUCCUGAUAUAGACGAGUUUGUGAAAAAUACUGGAACUGUGGAGUUGAAAUGGUACAAGGAAUUUUUCCCUUUGUCUUUUGUUGAAGGGAAACACCAAUAUAACAGGGGUGAUAGGUUUCUACUCAUUCGAGAUUUAACUGCCGGAGAUGAAGGAUACUACACCUGUGAACUAACAUUUCCAUACAACAACACCCAAUAUAAAGUUACAAGGACAAUUCACUUACAUAUUACAGCUGCGCACACCAGACCAAAGAUAGUCAACCCCUUGAACAACACCAUCGAGGUUGCUCUAGGGUCAAGACUAAUCAUACCUUGUAGAGUUUUCCUUGGACUGCGAUCAAAACAAUAUUCUCAUGUGACAUGGCUGGCUAACAACUCGUACAUUGACCUCUCCAGCAAAAGAGUCAAAGAAGAAUAUGACAAUUUGAUCGAAGAAACUGACGGCAAUUAUGUUGAGAUAGAGCUGACUUUUAAUGAAGUUUGUGAAGAGGAUCUCAGUACAGAAUACAAGUGUGUUGUAUGCAAUGGCUAUGGAUGCCAUGAAUCAACUGUGCAGAUUAUACUUGCAGCCCAACACUUACCAAGAAUAACCUAUCCUUUGAACAGCACUAUUGAAGUUGUUGAAGGCUCUAGUCUAACUGUACCAUGCAGAGUGUUUACUGCGAUCAAAUCAACAGCCACUACUGAGGUCUCAUGGCUUGCAAAUGGCAUACAGAUUGACUCUCACAUGAGCAACCGAGUUUCUCAAGGACCACAGCUUGUGCUUACAGACGAUGAUGCCGAUUACAUUGAGGUGGAGUUGGUUUUUAAUGUAGUGCGUGAUGAGGAUUUCAGCACCGAGUUUAAGUGCGUUGCAAAGAACAGUCAAGGAUCCCACGAAGCGUCUGUGCAGAUCACUUCAGCAGAUUCCAGUUCCACGUGUGUCAUAGUAGGAUUUUUUGGGACACUCAGCUUUCUCAUAGUUGUUUGUAUAUUUAUGUGCAAUUUGUUCAAACCACGCUGUAAAAAAGAUUAUGUUUUGGCCAAAUCAUAGGUAGGUGUAUAUUUUAUCAGCUUUGUGAACACUGUAUACUUUGUUGUCUCUCUGAAAUAGAAAAUAGUGUAAAGUAUUUUUGUUAAUUAAACUAGUACUCAAUUAAACAAUCUGAUGCAAAAUGAAAGAAGGACAAUUUGCUGAGCUGUACUGAUUUUUAUUUGCCACUGGGAUCAAGUUGAAAGCCAUUCCCAUUCAUUUCCCUUUUUUGCAUUCAUUUAAAUCUAAUAAUCUAACAGCCAAUUAACAAAAUCCUUGAAGAAGAAGGGACACCAAUACAUUUAGUCCUGUUUUAAGCUAUGUGUUUAAUGAAUGUAUGUAGCAUAUCCCUGUACAGCGAAGAAUCUUCAAAGUAAUGACAUUGUUUCCCACCUUUCCUCUAUAAAUCGUUGUGUCAUAUUAUGCUGUAGAUUCAAGGCUUUCAUUCUACUGUAUGUAGAACAGUUUUGUUAAUUUGUCAUUGUGUGCUGACACCAUUUAAACACGGUUUUCCAUGAAAACAAUAUUCUGGUUUAAAACAGUCUUGUGGUUUUAAUAUGUUUACACUUAACCAUCAUUUACCACUAUGAUAUGUAGCCGAUACUUUUGUGCAAAUGAUCUGACUGACCAUCUCAUAACUGAUUAAUCUGUCUAGAAUGUGGUUUUCUUCAAUGUACUGCAUGAAAACUGCAUUUUUGUCAAGACGAUUCAGUCUUAAUAGGAAAGACAGAAAAAUUCUUAGUCGAUGACAGUCGGCACUUAGAUUUUCAGGUGCUUUCAUAUACAAAUAAAUUACACAUUAUGUAUUGGAUAUUAAAACUGAGCGAAUAUUUCCAAGAAAAAUGAUACAAGUCUCUUCAUUAAAAUUAAGAAGCUGUUUGAGUAUACAGUAUUGUGUGUGCAUACUUGUUACAACAGUGUUAUAACCUGUUUAAUCUCAAAGUUCAAAAUAAAACACUCAAAGAUCAACACUUUUUGAUGAAUGCAAAAAUAACUUGUUGGUUUCCUUUGCAACAUGUUUUGUAACUGUUUGUACCUUAGGCCCUUGAUGUAAAUGCAUUUUAGCUCACCUUUUGGUUUUAAUGGAAUCAAUAAAG